UUGGACUUUUUUACGAUGUUCUUUCUGAGCUUGCAAUGUUAUCUUGUAUAUUACAGUCCAGAAAAACAACUCUAAUGCGUGCCCAGUCGGAGAUAAAUAGAACGAUUAGAAUUUUAGAAAGUCUGAAAGCUGAACCUGGGGAAAAAGAAAAGGAAAUUAUAGAAGCUAUUCAGAAAGGAAUUAACAAAGGUGUCAAUAUUACAAUGACAAAAUCAGGAGGGAUUAACAGGUUACAAUUUUUGCAAAAUUUAGUAGACAGAAUGCGUCAACGCUUAUUUGAUGACUCAAAAAAUAAAACAAUGCUAGAAGACAUUCAGGUAAUUGAUGAAGUGUUCAAAGUAGCAAUUAAUGAUGCAAAGGGAGAAGAUGAAGUUAAAAGAGUAUCACGGACAUUAGGUUUUUCUGAAUUUGAAAGUGUAGUUGACUUCCGUUCAAGAAAUGUUUUUUCUAGUUUCAUGAAAGCAUUAAAUAUACUCCCAACUUCAACAGCUGAUUGUGAACGAGGGUUUUCCGAUAUGAAUUUGACAAUAACUGAUUUAAGGACUAGCUUAAACAUUGAAAAUGUGUCAGAUUUGAUGUUCAUCUCUAUCAAUGGCCCUUCAAUUGCAGAUUUUAAUCCUAGACCUUAUAUUAAAAUUUGGUUAAGAGAUCACCGUUCUGCCGUUUCCACUCCUAGAGGUAAAGAAAGAAAAGAAAUAGACGACGAAAAUAAGAUGCAGAAAUUAUUUUUUAACAAUUUAUUUAAUUAAAUUUUUUAGUAUUUGUAUAUUUUCAUAUUUUAUUGACUUAUAAAGGUAAUUUCAAGCUUUUUUUAAAAGUUUGAUUUUUUUUUUCAUAUUUU